CACGAUUCUGCGCGAAACUCCGCUUGGACCUUCCCCAUACAAUAACGUCAUCGAUUUUCACGUUCUUCUUCUUCUCCAUCUCUCUCUUUCCCCAGUUAAACACUCCCCAAUCUCAGUCAACCCGAUCAGCUCUGUGCAUGUUUGCUUAGUCGCUAAGCUCUCCCCGUCGCGCAGCUCCUUUUAAAUCUGCCCAAUUCCUGGCAGAGAUCUCGGCUACUCUUCCAUCAUCCCCCAUCGCGUCGAUCGCCACAGAAUUUGAUUUCGAGAAUCGCCAAGACGAAUGGCUUCCUCGCGCUACCAGGUCGAGGUGACCCUCAUCGCGGCCAAGGACCUCAAGAACGUCAACUGGCGCCACGGCCCUCUCCGGCCUUACGCCGUCGUCUGGGCCGACCCCAACCAGAAAUGCUCCACCCGUGCCGACGCCGAAGGCGAGUCCUUCCCCGUCUGGGACCAGACCCUCCUCAUCCCCUUGCCCCCGGGAACCGCCGUCGACGACGUCACGCUGCACGUCGACGUCGUCCACGCCGGCACCGAGGACGGCACCAAGCCGCUGAUCGGUUCGGCCCGGCUCAGGCUGCGCGAUGUCCUCGACGACGACGACGGGUACGGCGGCGCCAAGAAGCGGAGCCUCCACCUGAAGCGGCCCUCGGGCAGGCCCCACGGGAAGGUCGACGUCAAGGUCGCGGUGAAGGAGACGCGCUACAGGGCGCCUCCCACCGCCUAUGGGGUCCCGCCGCCGCAGGCGAGCAGGGAAUACGCUGCUCCGCCGGCAUACGCUGCUCCGCCGGCGUACGCUGCUCCGCCGGCAUACGCCGCUCCGCCGGCAUACGGGUCGGGAUACGGCAACCCGUAUGCGUCGCCGCAGCAGCCUCAGUACGAGCGGCGGGAUCCAUACUAUACGGCGGCUCCGCCGGCUGGGUACCCGAGCUACGGUGGGACGUCGUACGACCAAGCGCCGCCGAGCUACGGGCAGGAGGAGAAGAAGAAGAGCAAGUUCGGGGGGAUGGGGACCGGAUUGGCCGUAGGUGCCGUCGCGGGGGUCCUGGGUGGGAUCGCGCUGACCGAGGGGGCUGAGUACAUGGAGAACAAGAUCGCCGACGACGCGGCGGAGAAGGCUGAAGACAAUCUCGCCUACCGAGACGACGGCGACGACUACCAGGACGACGGCGACGACUACUAUUAGUCACCCACUAUCGUUUGUCUCGAUUGGUGUUUUCCGAUUAUCGUCUGUAUUAUGGGACGAAUUGUAUCGUCUCUUGAUCUUUCUCUAUGUCAAUUUGUCUGAUUUCUACUCCGAAUGUCAAUAAUGUGGAUCCAAAACGAGGGCGAAUCAAGCAUUAAAAGCGUUUUUAAAUUAAGUUUGGAGCACAUUAUCGUUCAA